GCCUGAAUAGUAUUUAUGACCUCCUUAAAUACUGUUGCUUCCAAAAGCGACUGUUACCUCACUUGAACCUCAGAGAACGUACCUGACUGUAUGAGGAGGAUGGCGACACCUCGGCUUCCAGGGGAGUGGAGCAGACACUGGGACAAAUCAGGAAGAUCUGUUCUUGUCCAACUGUGCAAAGACCAUACACAGAAAACAGAGAGUGGCAGUGAAAUCAAAGAUAUACAGGCUGCCCUCUAUGAGCUCUGUUGGCAGGUUGUCUUGGGGAACCUGAAGGUGGACCAUGUCACCAGUGUACUUGGGGAAGUGAUGGAAUUUAGGGAUGACAUGACAUCCAUCCUGGCAGAUGUUUUCAGUAUACUAGAUUUAGAAACAAGUGUGCUGGAAGAAAAAAACAAACGUGACCAUUACACCAAAUUAGUGGGAGCUUGUUUGUUUUGUGUUCCUGAGGCUAUCUUGAAAGAGCGUCUGGACCCAGAAACCCUGGAAUCUCUCGGGAUCAUCAAACAAGCUCACCAGUUCAAUCAGAAAAUCGUCAAAAUUAAGACAAAACUUUUUUACAAACAACAAAAGUUCAACUUAUUAAGGGAGGAAAACGAGGGCUACGCCAAACUCAUCACAGAACUUGGUCAGGACCUCUCGGGCAACAUCACCAGUCACAUUGUCCUGGAAAGCAUCAAGUCUCUUAUAGGAUGUUUCAAUCUCGACCCCAAUCGGGUGCUGGACAUAAUCCUGGAGGUGUACGAGAGUCGAUCGGACCAGGAUGACUUCUUCCUGUCCCUCAUCAAGUCCUACAUGUGUGAGCCGCUCACUCUCUGCCACAUUCUUGGCUUUAAAUUCAAAUUUUAUCAGGAACCGAACGAGCAAACUCCCAAAUCCCUUUACCACAUUGCUGCUGCGCUGCUGCACCAUAACCUGGUAGCACUGGAGGAUCUUUAUGUUCAUCUGAUGCCUCCGGAUGCCACCAUCAUUGAGGAACAUAAACGGGACAUUGCAGAUGCCAAACAAGUUGCACGCAAACUUGUCAUGGUUGUGUUGCCUUCAGAUAAAAAUGAGGACAAGGACAAAGAUAAAGAAAAGGAAGAGGAAAAGAACGAUCAGCCCGUUGACAACCAGAAGCUUGGCUUGUUAGAGGCUCUACUCAGGAUUGGGGAUUGGCCUCACGCCCAGAGUAUUAUGGACCAGAUGCCUUCCUUCUUCGCUUCUUCUCACAAGCCCAUCGCCCUGGCUCUCUGCCAGCUCGUACACCUGACCGUGGAGCCACUCUAUCGAAGCACCGCAAUUCCAAAAGGAGCAAGAGGAAAGGUGUUUCAUCCACUGGGGAACAAAGGGGCCCCGGCCCCUGUGGAAACCUUUGAUGGCUUGCGAAGGGACAUCUUCAGCAUGCUUUGUUACCUCGGCCCCCACCUUGCCCAUGACCCCAUUCUUUUUGCGAAGAUUGUGCGCCUGGGAAAGUCAUUCAUGAAAGAGUACCAAAGUGAAACUGUUACUGACAAAGACAAGAUGGAAACCCUCUUGAGCUGCUUCCUCUGUAUCGCUGACCAAGUGCUACUUCCCUCCCUCUGUCUGAUGGACUGUAAUGCCUGCAUGUCGGAGGAGCUGUGGGGCCUCUUCAAGCUUUUUCCCUACCAGCACAGGUAUCGCCUAUAUGGGCAGUGGAAAAACGAAACCUAUGCCUGCCAUCCCCAGUUGGUCAAAAUCAAGGCCCACACUGUGGAAAGGGCCAAAUACAUAAUGAGGCGCUUGACCAAAGAGAAUGUCAAACAAUCUGGAAGGCAGAUUGGCAAAUUGAGUCAUAGCAACCCCACCAUUCUUUUUGACUAUAUGCUCUCUCAAAUCCAGUGGUACGACAACCUCAUUGUUCCAGUGGUGGAUUCCUUAAAAUACCUCACAUCCCUGAACUACGAUGUCUUGGCCUAUUGCAUCAUCGAGGCUCUGGCCAAUCCAGAAAAGGAGAAGAUGAAGCACGACAUCACCUCCAUCUCAGCGUGGCUUCAGAGUCUGGCGAGUCUGUGUGCAGCUGUGUUCAGAAAAUACCCGAUUGAGCUGGCAGGCCUUCUUCAGUACGUCACCAAUCAGCUGAAGGCGGGAAAGAGUUUUGACUUGCUCAUAUUGAAAGGAGUGGUGCAAAAAAUGGCCGGUAUUGAGAUCACAAACGAGAUGACAAUGGAGCAGCUUGAGGCCAUGACUGGAGGAGAGCAGCUCAAAGCAGAGGGAGGCUACUUUGGCCAGAUCCGAAACACCAAGAAGUCCUCGCAACGCUUGAAGGAUGCCCUGCUGGAUCAUGAGCUGGCUCUACCACUCUGUAUCCUGUUGGCCCAGCAACAAAAUGGUGUGGUGUUUUUGGAGGGUGGAGAGAAGCACCUGAAACUCGUGGGUCACCUCUACGAUCAGUGUCAUGACACUUUGGUGCAGUUUGGCGGAUUCCUGGCCUCCAACCUCAGCACUGAAGAUUACAUCAAGCGGCUCCCAUCCAUUGACGUGCUCUGUAACCAGUUCCACACUCCGCACGACGCAGCCUUCUUCCUGUCUCGGCCCAUGUAUGCCCAUCAGAUUUCGUCGAAGUAUGAUGAGCUGAAGAAGGCAGACAAAGGCAACAGACAGCAGCAAAAGAUGCAGCGGUACGUGACGGCCUGUGAGCAGGUCAUGGCGGCUGUCCACGAAGCCGUGGUGUCCCUACAUCCACCCAGGGUCUGGGACGACAUUCGCCCUCAGUUCUAUGCCACCUUCUGGUCCCUCACCAUGUAUGACCUUGCCGUCCCACACGCGGCCUACGAUCGUGAGGUCAACAAGCUGAAGGCUCAGAUCAAGGCCAUCGAAGAAAACCCGGAAAUGCCUCCCAACAAGAAAAAGAAGGAAAAGGAACGCUGCACCGCCCUCCAAGAGAAGCUGCAGGAGGAGGAAAAGAAGCAGCUGGAGCACGUUCAGAGAGUUCUGCACCGGCUGAAGCUGGAGAAAGACAACUGGUUGUUAGCCAAAUCGACAAAGAACGAGACGAUAACAAAGUUUCUGCAGCUUUGUCUCUUCCCUCGAUGCGUCUUCUCUUCCAUCGACGCGGUGUACUGCGCCCGGUUUGUGGAGUUGGUCCACCAACAGAAGACGCCAAACUUCUGCACCCUUCUCUGCUACGAUAGGGUUUUCUCCGCCGUCAUUCACACUGUGGCCAGUUGCACAGAGAACGAGUCUCACCGCUACGGACGGUUCCUCUGCUGCAUGUUGGAGACUGUGACCCGCUGGCACAGUGACCGCGCUAACUUUGAAAAGGAAUGUGGCAACUACCCCGGUUUCCUGACGAUCUUCAGAGCUUCUGGCUUCGAUGGCGGGAACAAGGCGGAUCAGCUAGAUUACGAGAAUUUCCGACACGUGGUGCAUAAGUGGCACUACAUGUUGACUAAGGCGUCGGUCCACUGCCUGGAGACCGGAGACUACACCCACAUCCGCAACAUCCUCAUCGUGCUCAUCAAGAUCCUGCCCUGUUACCCCAAGGUUCUGAACCUGGGCCAGGCACUGGAGUGCCGGGUCCUCAAGAUCUGCACUCAGGAGAAGGACAAGAGACGUGACCUCUAUACCUUAGCUUUGGGUUACUCUGGUCGGUUGAAAAGCCAGAAGGUGCACAUGGUCCCUGAGAAUGAGUUUCAUCACAAAGAGCAGCCGACACGCAACGUACCCGCCAGUACAACUGCCACCACCACCCAGCAGAACGGUCCCGCCAGCACCAGCAAACCUGCAGCAGCCUCCGCCGCCAAGGGAGAGGAGGGGACGUCAGAGGAUGAUUACGUGAAGGAGAAAUCUAUGUUGACCACAAAACCAGCCAGCAAAGCAAACAGUUCUGCAGCCAAAGUGACCGCCAGCAAUGGGAACGGUGCUCUUUCAAGCACCAAAGUUUCUAAAGAACGAGACGACAAAGAGAAGAGUGGGAAAGAGAAAAAAGAGAAAAAGGAGAAGACGCCCGGCAGCACUCCUGAGAUGAAGGCAGAGAGCCGCCGAGAGAAGCAGAGAGACGAGAGGGCAGGGAAGGAAGAGCGGGCGGCACGCGAGGGUAAGGAGAAGACGCCCAAGACCGAGCGGGUGAAAGCCAAGGACGAAGACAAGAUUAAAGACGACAAGACCAAAGUCGGCAACGGCGAACCCAUGGAGCUGUCCAGGGAGCGAGAAACCAAGAGCAAGGAGAAAGGAGACCGGAGCACAGUGGCCCUCAAGUCACCCCGAUCAGAGUCCGCAGAAUCCGAGUCAGAUCACAAAAGACGAAAGCUCGACAGCCACUCUUCUCCAUCCCACUUGUCGUCUGUUAAGGACAAUAACAUCGAACUCAAGGAGCCCAUUCCCAAGCACCACAUCAUCUACAACUCGCUCUCCCGGUCCAGGAGUCGCGAGAGGGAGCCAGAGAAGAAAGAGGCCGACGUCUCGCUCGGCCGCUCCAAAGACAAGAAGGACGAGCGGAAAGAACGGAAGCGAGAUCACUCCAACGAACACGAGCUGUGCCAGGAGUCCAAGCGCCGGAAGGAUGAGAACGGAGCCAACUCCAAGAACGGCAGGAGCGUGAGUCCCUCCAGCGACUCCCCACCCUCUCUGGAGAAGGAGAAGAGCAAGCGGUCCAAGUCCUCCAGCAAAGAGAAGGGCGAGUCGGUGAAGGCUGAGCGGACCUCGUCUGGAGGGAAGAAGGAGUCCAGACACGACAAGGAGAAGAAGGAGAAGCGGGAGAGCAGCGGAGGAAAGGAGGAGAAGAAACAUCAUAAAUCCUCAGACAAACACAGAUGAUGUCACGGCGCCGCUGGACCGAAGGAGCCCCAUCACCCGGGCGACCCGCCUCUUCGGGGUCGGGACUCCACACCCUCCCUCCCCUACUGUUAUUUUUCCAUUUAUGAUUUUCCCUCCCUCCUGGCGGAGGUCCGCCCACACGUCUGCCACUUUUUAUGUCGCCUGCUCGUUUUAUUGGAGAUUCUCGGCCGUCAGUUCACACCGACCUCGAGUCUUUUUAUUUAUUUAUCUCCACCUUUUUAAUCGGAGCAGAGGUCUGUGGAGCUCGGAAGCUGAUUAAAGGACCAGUUUGUAAAUUGUGUACAAUAAAGGAAACAUGAACUCCUCAUGUACGUCUUUUCAUUUCUCCCGCUUUUGUUUUGUUUCCGGCAGUCGCACUGUGGUUUGUGUCAAUCACCUUUUUACAUCGUUUAUAUGAAUUCUGGAGAGAUUUCAAUUGUGUUAAAAACUCAACUUCACUUGUGUCAGAGGAUUUCUGGAGAUUUUAUCUGCUGUACUCGACUUUAAACCUUUUUUUUAUGAAAGCGAAACCAAUAAAAUGAUAGUUUUCCUAGUGC